UCAUGGCAGAAUAUCCAGAAAAGAACCAUCGGCUCCGUUCUCUCCCAUUGUUUACAUUACGCAGCUGAUGGGAGUUUCGUCAUUAAGAACUUUUCCUUCUUUAUCAUUUUCUGUUCUUUGUUCUUCCACAUAACAGUGAGACAUUGUGAAUAAUGUCAUUGCUGACUAAUCCGAGGACCCCCUGCUUACCCUUGUGACCGUCAGCAUUCUGAGCAGGUUGUCAGGAUGAGGGGACACAUGUGGAUUUUCAUCACCACAGUGUUGUUGGACACGGUGGUGGUGAGGGCAAAUAUCCACGAUGUCCUGGUGAACGAGGUUGCCUGCAGGGGGGGUCCAGCCCACUUCAACAGAACCACAGGCACCAUCACAUCACCCUUGCCUCCCCGAGCUCCACCUGCUCAUGUCAACUGCUCUUGGAUUCUUCAUAACCCUUAUCAAGAUUACAUUAUAUUAAGUUUUAGCAUGUUUGACUUGGACCAAGACAACCAGUGUGGUAAAAAGUCACAAGACUGCUGUCCUCACCAAUGGAUAAUGCUAAGGACAGAGAAGCAUGGCAUAAAGAAACGGAGAGACAUCUUCAGCAAAGUCACAAAUGGUAGGAGGAAGAACAGAGAGUCGGUGGAAGACAGUUUCAAGAGAAGUAUACAGAGUCACAAGUUACUCAAGGGCCACCUCUUUAAGGACAUGGAUAGGAUGAGCAGAAGGCGUCUUAUCAACCGACAGCUAACUCUCAGAAGCAGGAAACGCACUAAUGACACAGCUGCGAGUAACCAGACCUCGCCUCAUCGCCUUAACCAAUCGCGCACUUCAUACAAAACUUCUGAGAUGCUCACAACAGGUCACGUGUGUGGGAACUCGACUCCGUGGCCUAUUAUAACCAGAUCUCCAAAGGUGGUUGUGAAAUUCUCCUCGGAUUUGAAAGUGCGACGUGGUCACCUGGGUUUCAAACUACAGUUUUUCAUAAGUAAUAAAACUGUCUGCCGAAAAGAUGAGUUCCAGUGCUCAGACCCCAAGAUCUGCUUACCCAAUGCUUGGAAGUGUAAUGGUCAGGCUGAGUGCCCAGAUUCGUCAGAUGAGGAAAAUUGCAAAGCUGGUUGUCCUGGGUUGCGGGACGAGCAGCACUGUGAUGGGCGGUGGCACUGUGCCAAGGGGGAGGAUGAGCUUGGUUGCUUUGGGUGUGAUGCAGAUGAGUGGUGGUGUGGGGAAGGGACAGACUGCUACAAGGCUUCUAGGCGUUGUAAUGGCAUAGCGGACUGUCGCAACAAGGCCGAUGAAAUCUACUGCAGUUGCCUCUUCAAUCAGACGCAGUGUUCACCAAAUUCUGAAUUUUGUUAUGACCCAAACUCAGCGUUGUGA